AAGGCAGAUUAAUUAAAAGGCUGCUGCCCUAAGGCUGGACAUGGCGUAAGUGUGUAAAGAAAGUGCUCUCUCCAAAUCGAAUUGAUAAUCGAAUGGCAAACAGUCCCAGCAUAUUUUUUGUGCUGUUCUGGCGGAUUGGAGUGCAUCUGUUGUAUCCCUAUAGGUAUACGAAUCGCUCGAUUCAGGAUGCCCUGGGCGAUGAUUAUCUGGUGUGGGUCUCUAGCGAUCGCUCGCAGAACGAGCAAGUGGUCUACACGCUGUUGCGGCAGUCGCUCGAAAACUUUCUGAUAUUCAUUCUGAUCAUGGAGGUUAUGCAUUUUAUCCAGGUGGGACGCAAUAUGCGGUUAGUGGUGUGAUGCGACGUCGCAUCAACAAAAUGAGUCAAAUUU